UUUUCUUUUUUUUUAUUUUCAUUUCGCUAAAAGAAAAAGUAAAAAUCCUUAAAAAGCAAACGGAGGAAAAUUGAUAUGUUUUUUAAAACUUUUGUUUUUUCAAAAAUAAAUUUUAAUUAAAUGGAUUCCAAUCAAGAAACAAAAUUUACAAAAAAUGAAAAUAAGGAUGUUCCCAAUCAAAAUAGCAAAGGUGAGAGUCCAUCUUCGGAAACUAUGAAAAUCAGGAAGUCACAAGAGAACGCCAUCGAUGAAACAACAACAAAAGUCGAUUCUGUCAUUUUUAAUAAUUCUUCAGUCUAUGAUGAACCCACUAUUAUACACUCAAAGAAGUUAUUCAAUAUCAAUAGUGAUCCCAACACCCCAUCAUUUCAAAUUGUUGUUUCUGCUGAUGAUGAUGGCAGGGAGGUCGAUAAAUACGGAUUUUACGGUGGGACCCAAUACACUAAUCCAUCUCAAGAAGCGAACAUUCCACUGGAGGUGUUGAGAGUAAGAGAACUUAAAUGGAUAGACAUGUUGGAUGACUGGGACAAAUGGAUGGCUAAAAAGUUUCAAAAGGUUAAGGAACGUUGCCGAAAAGGUAUACCAAGUUCGAUGAGGGCACAUUCCUGGCAGAUGUUGAGUGGCAGUGCUGUCUGCAUGUACAACAGGCCUGGCGAGUUUCAAAGAUUUCUGAAGUUGAAGGGCAGCGAGACAUGCCUCGAAGAUAUAAGAAAAGAUGUACACAGGAUAUAUCCUCAUCAUGAGCUCUUCAUCAAUAACAACGGGCAAGGACAAGAGGAUCUGUUCAACGUCUUAAAGGCCUACUCCAUCUACCAGCCAUCGGUCGGAUAUUGCCAGGCUCAAGGUCCCAUAGCUGCAGUUCUGCUUACGGUCAUGCCAGUCGAACAGGCAUUCUGGUGCUUUGGUACCAUUUGUGAUAAGUACAUGGAGGGAUAUUUUGAUCCUGGAUUGGAAGCAGUUCAGAUUGAUGGUAUGGUGAUGUUCAGUCUGAUGAAGAAGGUCUCACCGCAGACCUACCGACAUUUGAAAUCGCAAAAAGUGGAUCCAUUGUUGUACAUGACGGAAUGGUUCAUGUGCCUCUUCUCCAGGACCCUUCCUUGGCCAACACUGCUUAGGAUCUGGGAUAUGUUCAUGUGUGAAGGUAUAAAGGUGAUUUUCAAGGUGGCCCUGGUUCUCGUGAAGAGUGUACUUGGCGAUGCGGUGCAGUUGAAGCGAUGCUCGACUGUCUACGACACACUCGAGAAACUUAAAAAAAUUCCCGCGGAGUACAUGCAGCAGGAUUAUCUAGUUAAAGAGAUAUUGAAGCUUUCCAUAAAUGAGAAAGAUAUGGAGAAGGAACACGAGAAGCAAGUGAAAAUUUGGAAGCAUAAAAAACAGCAGCAGCAGCAGCAAAAAAAUGAGCAGCACACCAUUAGACAACAACAACUCAGACGCAACCAACAAGCCAGAAACAAAAACAUCACAAACAACAGUAGUGAAAUAAGAGGAGAUUCAACUGAACAACCGCACACACAGAAAGAAAAUGACAAAAAAAUUCUUAGAAACACCACCAACCCCAAAAAUAUUAAACAACGAAAACAUGCCAAAAUAUUUUCAAAACCUCAUGUUGACGAUAAACUGUUGAACAACCAAACAGCAAAUCCAUUUAAGAAUAAAUUCUUAGUUGAAGCUGGUGAUGGAAGUAAUUCAUCAUGA